UUCAAGGCAGAAUGUACUACAUCGUCCUCUUCAUUCUGCUCCCAGCAUGCAUCUUGGCUGAUGAGACAGCGACCUACUCCUUCUCCCCACCAGUGGGCUCAGGCAGUGGUUCUUCUUAUGCUCUGAGUGGAGAAGGCCGAAUCACAGCUGUCCGAGUGUGGGAGCAAUAUAACUCCUACAUUGAUGGCAUCCAGAUCCGCCAUGGCUUCAUCUGGUCUCGUGUUGCUGGUUACAGUUCUGGAACUCCCCUGGAGAUUGAGCUGCGUGAAGAUGAAGCCAUCAUCCAGAUUUCUGGGAAAUACGCUCACUAUGUGCGGUCUCUUAUUUUCAUCACUAACCAAGGCCGUACGCUGUAUGCAGGUCAGCCCUAUGGCCACUCUUUCAACAUGUACCCCGAGCAUCCACAGGCUGAGCUGCUGUUCAUCAGUGGACGCUAUCAUGGAGCCCUGACCGCCGUCGCAGCGCACUGGGGCGCUCCUGGAUCAAUUGCUGGCAACAGCACCAGGCACUAAGAGGGAGUUAAUAUUGAACACAAUCCUAAUGCAACUGUGCAAAACCAGAAUUGAAAAGGUUUACCAUAAUUAUGAAUGUCAUAAAAUGAAAACAG